UUCGUGAUACCCCCAGAGUCCCCUUUCUGUUCUCGUCUGCUUUUAUCUCCAGUCACUAUGUCGGAUCUUUUCGCUACCAUCAGCACUCCCACAGUCAAGUAUGAGCAGCCGCUCGGACUGUUCAUCAACAAUGAAUGGGUCAAGGGUGUAGAUGGCAAGACCUUCGAGACCAUCAACCCCAGUACUGAGAAGCCCAUUGUUGCCGUCCAUGAGGGUACCGAGAAGGACAUCGACCUGGCUGUCGCUGCUGCCCGCAAGGCAUUCGAGGGCUCCUGGCGCAAGGUCGCCCCCACCGUUCGCGGCCAGAUGCUCCUCAAGCUGGCUGAUCUCUUCGAGCGUGAUGCGGAUAUCCUCGCAGCCAUCGAGUCCCUCGACAACGGCAAGGCCAUCUCCAUGGCCAAGAUCGAUGUUGCCAACUCCGCUGCUUGCCUGCGCUACUACGGCGGUUGGGCAGACAAGAUCCACGGUCAGACUAUCGACACCAACCACGAGACCUUCGUCUACACUCGCCACGAGCCCAUUGGUGUUUGCGGUCAGAUCAUUCCCUGGAACUUCCCCCUCAUGAUGUGGUCCUGGAAGAUCGGUCCUGCCAUCGCUGCGGGAAAUGUCGUGGUCAUCAAGACGGCUGAGCAGACUCCACUCUCUGCUCUGUAUGCUGGUAAGCUUGUCAAGGAAGCUGGCUUCCCUCCCGGCGUUAUCAACAUCGUCUCCGGACUUGGUCGUAUUGCCGGUGCCGCCCUCUCCGAGCAUAUGGACGUUGACAAGAUCGCCUUCACUGGCUCCACCAACAUCGGCCGCACCGUCCUCGAGGCUGCCGCAAAGAGCAACCUGAAGAAGGUUACCCUCGAGCUCGGUGGCAAAUCCCCCAACAUCGUCUUCAACGAUGCCGACAUUGACAACGCCAUCUCAUGGACCAACUUUGGUAUCUUCUUCAACCACGGCCAGUGCUGCUGCGCUGGCUCCCGUAUCCUGGUCCAGGAGGGCAUCCACGACAAGUUCGUCGAGCGUUUCAAGGAGCGUGCCCAGGCAAACAAGGUGGGCAACCCAUUCUUGUCAGACACCUUCCAGGGCCCUCAGGUUUCCAAGCUGCAAUUCGACCGCAUCAUGGAGUUCAUCCAGCACGGCAAGGACCAGGGAGCCACCGUGGCUGCGGGUGGCGCCCGCCACGGCACCGAGGGCUACUUCAUUCAGCCCACCGUGUUCACCGACGUCCACGAGGACAUGAAGAUCGUCCGCGAGGAGAUCUUCGGACCCGUUGUGUGCAUCCAGAAGUUCAAGGAUGAGGAGGAAGCCAUUAGGAUCGGCAACAGCACCAACUACGGUCUCGCAGCGGCCGUUCACACCAAGAAUGUCAACACAGCACUGCGGGUGUCCAACGAAUUGCGGGCAGGUACCGUAUGGAUCAACAGCUACAACCUGAUCUCUUACCAGGCACCGUUCGGUGGAUUCAAGGAGUCGGGUAUCGGCCGCGAGCUGGGCUCGUACGCGCUGGAGAACUACACCCAGGUCAAGGCUGUGCACUACCGCAUUGGCGAUGCUCUCUUCGGUUAGUUUGCUGAAUGUCGGGUCUUCAGGGAAAAUGGGUUUAUGGGUAUUUUUUUGUAUUAUUGUUCUUUUAGCUUUGGUUGGGUUUGCUUUCUAUGAGUCCCCAGAUAUGAAUGAAUGCAUGAUUGAGCAGUUUGAAGUUGACCUGUAUGAUAUAAUUGAAUCCACCGUAGUACGAGUGUUAUUGAGC